AUGUAACAAAGAAUACACAUGAAUUGUUUGUCUUGUUGAAGCCAGUGUCUUCUGUGUAAUGGCAUGUAAUGUGUAAUGGCAUUCACAACUAUAAAUAAGAUAUUUACGGUACAUCAAGGUAAAGUGAAAGGACAUGUACAGAUGGCUGGCUUGGGCAAAGGAAGAGCCUGGCUAGCAGGUGCUGCUAAUUUAUUAAAUGGUCACUUGCGGCACAAGUUUAUUGCAAAAGCUUGCCUGGCAACUUCUGCUUCUGAUGUGAAACCUUUCUACUUCCAAGAUAUUUUGGAACUCCAAAGCAAGCAUGAUGCACCUUAUAGAAAAUUAACAAGUGACUAUGUAUCAACAUUUGAUGUGAAGGGCAAGAAAGUUUUGUCAGUGCAGCCUGAAGCUUUGACAUUAUUAGCCGAAAAUGCCAUGAUAGAUAUUGCUCACUUAUUGAGACCUGCCCACUUACAACAAUUGGCAAAGAUUUUGAAAGAUCCAGAAGCAUCUUCCAAUGAUCGUUUUGUUGCCCUGGAAUUGCUCAAAAAUGCAAAUGUUGCAGCUGGUAUGGUUCUUCCUGGAUGUCAAGAUACUGGCACAGCCAUCUGUAUGGGUAAAAAAGGCCAGUAUGUCUGGACCAAUGGUAAUGAUAUGGAAGCUAUUGCUAGGGGAAUUUAUAAUACUUAUACAAAAAAGAAUCUCCGUUACUCUCAGGUUGCACCUCUAGACAUGUACAAUGAAGUCAACACAAGAACCAACCUUCCUGCUCAAAUAGAGAUCUAUUCCACAGACUCAAAUCAGUAUGAUUUUCUUUUUAUAGCUAAAGGAGGUGGUUCAGCCAACAAAACUUACCUCUAUCAGCAGACUAAAGCUCUUCUAAAUCCAGAAAAGCUUCUGGCCUUUGUGAAUGAAAAAAUCAAGACACUAGGGACUGCUGCUUGUCCCCCUUACCAUCUUGCAUUAGUUAUUGGUGGCACAUCUGCAGAAUUGACCCUCAAGACAGUGAAACUGGCUUCUACUAAAUAUUUGGAUCAUUUAGCAGCAUCAGGUAAUGAACAUGGAAGAGCUUUCCGUGAUCUUGAUUUAGAAAACAAAAUAUUUGAACUCACCCAGAAAAUUGGUAUUGGAGCUCAGUUCGGUGGAAAAUAUUUUUGUCAUGAUGUCAGAGUAGUUCGACUUCCCAGGCAUGGUGCUUCCUGUCCUGUUGGCCUUGGUGUGUCUUGUUCAGCUGAUAGGCAGAUCUUGGGUAAGAUCACAUCAGAAGGAGUAUUUUUAGAACAGUUGGAGACUAAUCCUGGACAAUAUCUUCCUGAAGUUGAAAGUAAAGACUUGGGUGGGGAAGUGGUGGAGGUGAACAUAAAUAAAGGCAUGAAGACAGUACUCAAUCAACUGAGCCAGUACCCCGUACGGACAAGGCUGAGUCUAACUGGCACUUUGAUUGUUGCCAGGGACAUUGCCCAUGCCAAGUUAAAAGAAAGAUUAGACAAAGGGGAAGGACUCCCACAGUAUUUCAAAGACCACCCUGUCUAUUAUGCUGGACCAGCCAAACAACCAGCUGGCUAUUCCAGUGGUUCUUUUGGUCCAACAACUGCAGGGCGAAUGGAUUCAUAUGUUGCUGAGUUUCAAAAAGCUGGUGGCAGUAUGGUGAUGUUGGCCAAAGGCAACAGGAGCAAACAGGUGACAGAAGCCUGUAAGAAAUAUGGAGGUUUCUACCUAGGCUCAAUAGGAGGACCAGCAGCCAUAUUAGCCCAGAACUGUAUUAAAAAAGUGGAGCUGCUAGAAUACCCUGAACUUGGAAUGGAAGCCAUCUGGAAAGUAGAAGUUGAAAAUUUCCCAGCAUUCAUCAUAGUUGAUGACAAAGGAAAUGACUUCUUUGAAAAGUGGCAAGUGGACUAGUUAGCAAGACUUCAAUCAUUAAAUAACCAAUGUAUUAUUUAGGCUGGUCUGUCAAAGUUGUCAAGUGUGUGUGAGGAAACAAAAUAUUGUCUAUUCUGCUGUGCAGUUUAUGUCUUAGAAAUGUUAUAAAUGUUCUGGUAAAUGUUUUGUUUUUAAAAAUAAUUAUUCGUAAACUCUUUUUUUUUCUCUUAUUGGUUUCAUCAAAAAAUUAUGAAGUUCAAAUUACUUUUGAGUUUUUAGUUAAGAUCUGAUUUUGUUUCUGACCAUGCAUAAAUCUACCAGUUGGCUUUGUGUUAUAUUUGUAUAUAUUUACUUCUAUGCCAGUUGUAGAAAAUGUUUGAGCUUCUGUGAACAUAUCUUGUGAAAGUCUAAAUGAAUCUGGUUUAGGGCUGUGAAAUCAAUAUGUUUAAACACUUAUGUAUUGUGAAACUUUUGAAUGUCAUGAAUGGAAUAUUCAUUUAUAAUUAGAGCGAAUCAUUCUGCGCAGUGUUUCUAUCCUUCAUUGUGCUGUCUGUAUUAUGCUCUAGAAAUAAAGUAGUACAAUAGAAAAAUGUA